UAUAGACUCCAUGUCGCUUCGUGCAGCGCAGGCCGUUAACGAAACAAAAACUUUGAAUACCGAAGCGCGUGCGUUCCAAUCUUAAAUAUUAAAAAAAAUCAUCAACUUGUAGUGAUUUUUGUUUUACCUGUAAUAUAUAGGUCUGGGAAAAAUCGGAUGUGAACCAGGUUUUAUUAGUGAUAGAUAACAGUGAUAAGAGAAUCGAUAGGGCAUGUAUUGUCAGUUUCGCUGAAAUUGAAGUUGAGUGCAAUAUAAUUUGUGUGGUGUAUAGUGAUGCAUUCUGAGGGGUGUAUCCAGUCGAGUUCCAAAAUAUAAUCGAGUUUUUUAGCUGAGCGAGGCUCCAGCGACCACUCUCCAUCUACGGCAACAUGGAGCACGCCCUCCAGCAUAGGGAGAGAGUGGGAGUGCAAGACUUCGUCCUGCUUGAAGAUUACCGUUCUGAAGCUGCCUUCAUUGACAACCUUAGGAAACGGUUCAAGGAAAACAUUAUUUAUACAUACAUCGGUAACGUGUUGAUCUCAGUGAACCCGUACAAGAACCUUCCGAUCUACACAGAAGAGAAAAUUAAGCAGUAUUACAAGAAAGCCUUCUUUGAGGCACCGCCGCAUGUAUACGCUAUAGCAGAUAAUGCAUAUCGAUCCCUAGUGUAUGAACACAGAGAACAAUGUAUACUGAUCUCAGGUGAAUCGGGCUCCGGCAAAACAGAGGCAUCAAAGAAGAUCCUCGAAUAUAUUGCAGCUCGCACCAACCACUUGCAAAAUGUUGAGACUGUCAAAGACAAACUUCUGCAAACUAACCCACUCUUGGAGGCCUUCGGCAAUGCCAAAACUCACAGGAAUGACAAUUCAAGUCGUUUCGGCAAAUAUAUGGAUGUCCAGUUUAAUUACGAAGGUGGACCAGAGGGAGGCCAUAUUUUGAACUAUUUGCUAGAGAAGUCUAGAGUGGUGAGCCAAAUGGAUGGAGAGAGGAACUUCCAUAUAUUCUAUCAGCUUCUGUCAGGUGGGGAUGCAGCGUUAAUGAGUCGCUUGAGGCUGCAGAACAGGCCAGACGCCUAUAAAUACACUACUGAUAUAACCAGCCCUGCUACUCAGAAGACUCAUGAUGCCGACCAGUUCCGGAUAGUCCAGGAAGCUAUGAAGGUCAUAGAAAUUGGUGAAGCCGAGCAGGCGGAGAUCUUCUCUAUCGUAGCCACCGUUCUACACCUUGGAAACAUCAAAUUCGUGAAAAACAGUAACGGAUACGCGGAGAUUUUGACACACGACCCCAACUCAGAAAAUGUAGCUGAACUGCUUCAAGUUGAUGUCACGAAGCUCCGUGAGGUGCUGACCAGUAGGACCAUUGAAGCUAGAACUGACAUCGUCAAUACUCCCCUGGAAGUGGAGCAAGCUCACUACGCGAGAGACGCUCUAGCCAAGGCCAUUUAUGGCAAACACUUCAAUUGGCUAGUGUCCAGACUGAACGCCUCGCUGCAGCCUAAAGACAAGGCCGCUAUGUCUUCAGUAAUCGGCAUACUGGAUAUCUACGGAUUUGAAAUCUUCCCCAAGAAUAGCUUUGAGCAGUUCUGCAUCAACUUCUGCAAUGAGAAACUGCAGCAGCUGUUCAUCCAGCUCACCCUGAAGCAGGAGCAGGAAGAGUACCUGCGCGAGGGCAUCGAGUGGGAACCCAUCGAGUACUUCAACAACAUCAUCAUUUGUGACCUCAUUGAAGCCAAGCACAAGGGUAUUAUUGCAAUCCUGGACGACGAGUGCCUUCGACCUGGUGAUGCAUCUGAUAGCAGCCUACUGGAGCGUCUCACCCAGCAUUUGGACAAGCACCCCCACUACAAGUCCCACAGGAAGUCUGAUAUUAGAACCCAGAAAAUUAUGGGCCGAGAUGAAUUCUGCCUGGUGCACUAUGCCGGCGAGGUGACGUACAACGUGAAGACAUUCCUUGAGAAGAACAACGACCUGCUGUUCAGAGAUAUCCAGACCCUGAUGGCGUCCAGUGGGAACAGUAUCGUGGCUAGCUGCUUCAAGGAGUACAACCUGUUAAGUAAGAAACGGCCAGAGACAGCAAUCACGCAGUUCAAGAACUCGCUGAAUGAGCUCAUCAAGAUCCUGAGCAGCAAGGAGCCCUCCUACAUCAGGUGCAUUAAACCCAACGACUCCAAAAUGUCGAUGCAAUUCGACGACAAGCUGGUUUCUCACCAAGUGAAGUAUCUCGGACUGAUGGAAAACCUGCGCGUGCGUCGCGCUGGAUUUGCUUACAGGCGUACCUACGAAGCAUUCCUCGAGAGGUACAAGUGCUUGAGCGCCGAUACUUGGCCCAACUUCCGAGGGCAACCCCGAGAUGGCGUACAGAAGCUUGUGGAAGCACUGAAAUACGACAAGGAAGAUUACAGGAUGGGCAACUCAAAGAUCUUCAUCCGGUUCCCGAAAACACUGUUCGAGACAGAAGACGCGUACCAAGUGAAGAAGAACGAUAUAGCGGCCAUCAUCCAGAGCCGCUGGCGAGGAUAUCGGCAGAGGAAGGAGUACCUCAAGAUGAGGAACGCCGCCAUCGUUAUAGAGAAGUGGGUGCGGCGGUUCCUCGCGCAGAAGUUAAAAGAGAGAAGAAAGAAAGCCGCUCUCGUCGUCAGAGCCUUCAUUAAAGGCUUCAUCACCCGUAAUGGGCCUGAGACACCAGAGAACCGCCGGUUCCUGGGCAUCGCGAAGGUGCACUGGUUGAAGAGGCUGUCCACCCAGCUGCCAACCAAAGUCCUGGACCUGUCGUGGCCGGUGUGCCCCGCCACGUGCCAGGAGGCGUCCAAGGAGCUCCAGCGGCUGCACCGCGCGCACCUGGCGCGCCGCUACCGGCUGGCGCUCUCGCCCGAACAGAAGAAGCAGUUCGAGCUGAAGGUCCUCGCUGAGACUAUGUUCAAAGAUAAGAAGAACAGCUACCCGAGCAGCAUCAGGCACAAAUUCAUUGAUGACCGGCUCACUUCCGAUCAUAAGACUCUGAGGAACACCUUCAUGGCAUCGCCAUUGUGGCCUGCUGGAGAGAAGCUCAUCUAUUCAUGCGAGGCUGUAAAAUACGACCGCCGUAAAUACAAGCCCCGCGAGAGGGCUCUGCUCGCUUCAAACAAAGCUCUCUAUGUGCUGGACGCUUCCGGACGCAAGACAUACAAACUGAAGCACCGACUGCCUCUCGACAAGCUGCGUGUGAUCGUCACAAACGAGUCAGAUAGCCUCGUGCUUAUUAAAAUACCACAAGAGCUGAAGAAAGACAAGGGUGAUCUAAUAAUAUCGGUGUCGUAUCUGAUCGAGGCGCUGACCAUCGUUACAGACAAUAUCAAGAAGCCGGCGCUGAUUGAGAUCGUGGACACCAGAAUGAUCGCCCACAACCUGGUGAACGGUAAACAAGGCGGUACCAUUGAAGUCAUCAACGGACCCCAGCCGACCAUCCACCGAGCCAAGAGCGGCAACUUACUGGUUGUGGCAACACCCUGAGGAAGGCUAUUGAAAUAUAAGAAAUAAGACGCUAUCAUUCCAACCAUAGACAACGAUCAAAAUUAACAACGACCUAGUUCAUUUGUAAUUUAUUGAAAUCAUUAAAAUCUAGAUCAAGUUUAUCCUAACCAAAAGUUUAAUGAAGAAUAAAUGAAAAAUAUUGUAUAAAUCAUAUUUAAAUGUACCUAAUUCUUUAUUUAUAUAUAAAUUAUUUUUGGUCAGGAUAUAACUGAAUAGCUUCUUUUACUAAUUUAUUUUAAAUAAUGUAAGAGUAAUACUUAGUUGUUAGAGAUCAAAUGGCACAGUAAACUUAAAUGUUUUGUUUCACUCAGUCAUUACAAAGAGUGAUAAGGAUGGCAAGUCUUCUUAAUUGUUAGAUAAAUAUUUUUAUACUUAUAUAUUAUUAUUUAAUUAUGAAGUGAAUGUCCAAUUUUUAAGAUUUUUUCGUGUUCUUUUUUUAUAAUUCCCUUUAUUGUAUUAAUUAAUGAUAAUUGUAUUGAAAUGUGAUAUAUUCCAUUGAGAUUUUCGUACAAAGUACUCUAACCUAGUAUUUUUUGUAUGCCAUAAAAUAAAACGGUACAUCGGUGAAAUGUGUCAAAGUUUAUUAUUUGUACUUUGUUUUAGGUACCUUACAGAUAAUCAUUUAUGUAUUUAUAUUUAUUCGAUCGACAUAUUAAUUAUAUAAUACGUUAUUAAUAUCAAAUUAGUGCAUCGCCUUAAACUACCGUUAACUACAUACCUUAACUACAUUGGCAUGGAAUCAUCCCUUACGUAAAGAUAAUAGACAAUAACUUAUUUAAAAUAUAUUAAAGGUUUUUAACAUUAAUAGCACAUGUACCUUCUGGUAACGUAAUCAAAAGUAAUUUUAAUUCAAAUUUAAAUUAACGACCCAGUAACUAAUUAUGUAACGAUAUUAUUAAUAAUUCACAAUUGUGACAUAUUGAAACUGGCCAUUUGUAAUUUUCUAUGAACCAUUUUAGAGUUGUAGAUUGGAGCUAACCUUUUUUCUUCGAACCUUUCUUAUUCUACUGCUGUUGGUCGUAGCAAUUAAUAAUGUCAGGUGAAACAAAUAAAACAACCUACGGAUGGACUCGUGGAGAGACUCAAGACCAACUCCUGCCUGGCGGAUAUGAAUAUAUUCUGAUGACAUCACUGAAGUUUCGAACCUCAACUCAGGCGGACGGACGAUACGGUUCGUAAGUGUAACUGUCAAAAUGUAGAUUAUUAUCCGUUACAAUCGAGAAUUAUUACUAACAUCGUUACAUAAUUAAGGCCCUGUACUUCAAUAUACUCUUCCCGUCAAUUCAAAUUAUUGUUUCAUGUUUUUGUUUCCAAAUGGUGAACACUUGGAAUCCCUAUAUUUUUAUGGUACCUAAGUAAUGGUUGCUUAUAUUAUUUUUGUGUGUUUGGAAGAAAAUUUCAAUAUGCAUAUUUAUAAAAUACAAAGCAACCGAGAGUUAAAAGAUUCCUAUUCGCUAUAUAAGACUUUUAUAGUGAACUAGUGAAUUAAAAUAUUCUCAGCAAAAUAGUAUAAGUAACAGAAUGGUAAAAUAUUUAGGGAACUAAAGUGUGGCCCUAGAGCUAGUAUCCAUAGCAAUAAUAAUUAUUAUAACAUAAUUAAAAAUAAUACAAUUUUAUUUACUUACAUUUAGCUGAAUCAAAGGUGCCUAUUUGUAUAGUAAUUCAUAAUUCAGAUUUGUGAUUACACUGAAAUGUUGGUGAAAUGAAAAUUGUGUCAUCCUUUAUACAAAAUUAUUAGAUGUUUAUUGAAAUACAGUUUUUGAAAACAAGUAUUGAUUAGAAGACGAUCGUUUAGUAAAGGUUUGACACAGCGGCAGCAACAAUAAUUUUCUAUUUAGAUAUUUAAAAAGAUGAUACGAGACAAAAUAAAUAUAACCUAUAUUAUUUUUAUGCUGUUGA